GAAGUUAAGGUUAACGUGCGAAAUUCAAAUUUGUUUGACAAAACAUCUGUGGAAGUGACUUUUUUUUGUGUUUCGCUUGACAUAUUCUGGUAGAUUUAUAACCCAGAAAAAACGACAACUGUUGUGAGGUGGGCUUCUUCCCCAAACCGGUGGAAGAGCGUGAGCCUGAAGCAGGCAGGAUGCCCGUGGAGAGGACCGAGGCCCGCUGGGCCGAGGAGCUUCACAAAUACUACGAGGUUUAUGAAACUGUCGGCUCAGGGGGUUUCGCUAAAGUGAAGCUGGGUCGGCAUAUCCUGACAGGCGAGAAGGUGGCCAUUAAGAUUAUGAACAAGAAAGACCUCGGGGAUGAUUUGCCUCGUGUGAAGGUGGAGAUCGAGGCGAUGAAGAACCUGAGUCAUCAGCACAUCUGCCGUCUCUACCAAGUCAUUGAGUCGUCUACUCAGAUUUUUAUGAUACUAGAGUACUGUCCUGGAGGAGAGUUGUUUGAUUACAUCAUAGCUAAGGAACGGCUGUCAGAAGAGGAGACAAGGGUGUUUUUCAGACAGAUUGUGUCAGCCCUGGCCUACAUCCACAGCCACGGUUACGCACACAGGGACCUCAAACCGGAAAACUUGUUGAUAGAUGGAGAUCACAACCUGAAGCUCAUAGACUUCGGCUUAUGUGCCAAACCUAAGGGAGGUCUUGGCUAUGAGCUGAUGACAUGCUGUGGAAGCCCGGCUUAUGCUGCUCCUGAGCUCAUCGAGGGAAAAGCUUAUAUUGGUUCAGAGGCUGACGUGUGGAGUAUGGGCGUGCUGCUGUUUGCUCUGCUAUGUGGCUAUCUGCCCUUUGAUGGCGACACCUGCAUGGUCCUCUACAAGAAAAUUACCAGAGGAAAAUAUGACAACCCCCGCUGGCUCUCCCCAGGCAGCAUCCUCUUGCUCAACCAAAUGAUGCAGGUGGACCCCAAGCGGCGUGUGACAGUGCGACAGUUGCUGGACCACCCUUGGGUGAUGAAAGACUACAACAGCCCAGUGGAGUGGUGCAGCAGGCAGCCGCUGGGCCACAUAGAUGAAGACUGUAUUACAGAGAUGGCAGUCAACAUGAAGCGAUCCAGAGAGAGCACCAUAGCGCUUGUUAAGGAGUGGCACUAUGACCACAUCACAGCCACAUACUUGCUGCUCCUGUCGAAGAAGCAGAGAGGCCAACCUGUGCGUCUUCACCCUGAGCCCCUUGCCAGCGAAGACGCCGUCUCUCCACUGCACGGGCGACUACAGACUAAGAAAGCUCUUCAUUUCACUGACGACGACGAUGCUGUAAUUCUGGAUUCCCUGGACCUUUGCUCAGACUACAUUGACGACUGCCAGUGGAUAUCUGUCACACAGCAUACACCCCAAGGAGCAAGAGAGAAAACGGAGCGAAUGACAGAUGAUAAGAGGCUGGCAUCUCCACAGGUGGACAAAAGAUGUGCUCAGAAUACAACUCCUGUGAGGGGUCAAGCUCCGGUGCAGCACCGCCAGGAGAGGAGGAGGCGCAGAGACCGCGAACAGACCAGUGAGAACAAGGAGAAUGUCGCCCUGCAGGGGAAAGACGUGGAGAUAUUUGCACUGCCUUUGCCUCGCACUCCUGCCUCUGGCAAGAAGAUGCCACGCCCCAACAAGAAUGUGCCCAAUCAAAACGUGUCCAACGGUACCAGAGGCACUGCUGUCACAUCUAAAGUUGGAGAAAGUGGUUCUAAAGAUCCCAGUAAGAAGAAAGCAGCAGAGAGCAAAGAGUCGAACCUCGAGAUCCUUGCUUUCAGCCCCGAACGAAGGUCUCGUUCUUUAGACAUGGCUGGUAGCGGCGACAGCGGCAAGAAGGGAAGAGGAGGCAGAGUGUUCGGCUCCCUGGAGAGGGGCUUGGACAAGGUGAUCACCAUGCUCACCCCCAGCAAGAGACGAGCGCUGCGUGAUGGCCCACGCAAGAUCAAGGCUCAGUACAACGUGACCCUGACUGGGCAGACCAACCCGGACCAGGUGCUCAAUCAGAUCCUAUCUGCCCUGCCAGCGAAAAAUGUUGAUUUCAGCAAGAAAGGCUACACAGUGAAGUGCAGGACCUGGGACGACUUCGGCAAGGUGACCAUGGCGUUUGAGCUGGAGGUGUGUCUGCUGCAUAGGCCCGAGGUGGUCGGGGUGCGUCGACAGCGCCUAAAAGGAGACGCUUGGGUGUACAAGCGCUUGGUGGAGGACAUCCUCUCCACGUCCAGCAUCUGAGCAACAACUGACUCCUUUUGAAUACAUCAGCAUGUACAGCAAUUCCCUUUUGUAAUGUCUAAUAUUGUUUUACUUUCUGGCAGUCCACAUGAUCCUAAUGCAUGUGAGCUACAUUUAAUGUACAGUUUCUUCUUAGCUUCUUAGUUGUUGUUGUUUUUUUUUUUAUUCCUGGAAAAUCUGCUUAAUUUAUUAACUUAAAUAAGCAGUUUACUUACUGUCUUGUCUUUUACUGUAAAUGUGUUCACAAAUCAGGAUUAGUUUAAUAUUUGUAUCAGUGUAUGUAUGUCCAGCCUAUUUGUGAGAUGUACAGGGAGUAAAAUAAAUGUUUUCUACUUA